GCCUCAGCUGUGCCCCGCUCGCCUCGGAGAUAAAUACAAUUUCAAUCCACAAAGGAGAGCGGCGCAAAAGAGCUCUUUCCUCUCUCACGCUCAUCACUCUUGCCUGCCCUGAGAAAUUACAAUAUUCAUCACCAGACGAACAGCCCUCUGUAUUCUCCCUUUCACCAGCAAAGAAGCUCAAUUUCCUCUCAUUUGCGGAGUUCCCAGGGUUCUUGAGCUGUGCCCAGGCUGACAGGCUUUUGAAGAUGGCACUGUAACAGACCAGUGAUGCCUGACCAUGAGAGCACAGCCCUCUUAAGCAGACAAACCAAGAGAAGAAGAGUCGACAUUGGAGUGAAAAGGACCUUAGGGACGGCGUCCUUGGAUUUCACCCGAGCGAAAGCCAGCAUAUUCAGUGCCAUGAAUCCCCAUGGACCCGAACAGGAAGUGGAGUGUUCGGUGGUGCAGCACGCGGACGGGGAGAAGUCCAACGUGCUCCGCAAGCUGCUGAAGAGGGCCAACUCGUACGAGGACGCCAUGAUCCCCUUCCCCGGAGCCACCAUCAUCUCCCAGCUGCUGAAAAGCAACGUGGCCAAAAACGGCGGCAGUGACGCCGGCUUCCCGGGAAGCGGUCUCUCCAGCGCGGGCUCCGAGAUCCACCAGGAGGACGCCUGCAGCAACUCGUCACGCGAGUCUCCACGUGAGUCCCUCUCGCCCUUUGGCAGACCCUCUGUCAGCCAGUUUGACUCGGAGAGGCUCAGCGACGAGCACCUGCGGGCCAAGCGCGCCCGGGUGGAGAACAUCAUCCGCGGCAUGAGCCACUCCCCCAGCGUGGCCGCGCGGGGCGCCGGGGGCCCGGAGGGGGACCGCGACGGGCCGUCACAGCAGCUCCCGCCCAGCCCGCGUGAGAGCUACUACCGGGAGAACAAGCGCAAGCAGAGGCUUCCCCAGCAGCAGCAGCAGAGCUUCCAGCAGCUCGUGGUCACGGCCCGCAAGGAGCAGAAGCACGAAGAGAGGCGGCAGUUGAAGCUCCAGCUGGAGGACAUGCAGAAGCAGCUGCGGCAGCUGCAGGAGAAGUUCUACCAGGUCUACGACAGCACUGACUCGGAGAACGACGAGGACGGCGACCUGUCGGAGGACAGCUUGCGCUCGGACGGCGGCGACCGCCGGCGGCGGCGGCAGGACCCGUCAACGGCCGACCGCGACCGCUCCGACAACGAGAUGUCCGACCUGGACCCGGCGCGGUUCCUGGACCGGGCGCGCACCCUGCUCCACGAGCAGGCCCUCAUGGCGGAGGGGGAGGGAGACAAGCCGAAGCGCGAGGGCCCCCGCGGGAAGGGCCAGGGGCCGCCCCCGUCCAUGCACGCCGAGGGCAAGCAGCUGGCUGAGACCCUGAAGCAGGAGCUGAACACGGCCAUGUCCCAGGUGGUGGACACCGUGGUCAAGGUGUUCGCCAAGCCCCCACCGCGCCCGGCCCCUCAGGUCUUCCCGCCGCUCCAGGUGCCCCAGGACCGCUUCGCCAACGUCAAUGGCGGGGAUAACCCCAACUUCCACACCGCCAACCAACGGCUGCAGUGCUUCGGAGACGUCAUCAUUCCUAGCCCGCUGGACACCUUCGGCGGCAUGCCGAUGCCCGGCGCCAAUGACCAGACGGAAGCUCUGCCCCUGGUGGUCAGAAAGAGCUCUUCGGAUCACCAGUCCACAUCAAUGCCCAACCACGGGAGCCAUCACCACCACCACCACCACCCCUCCCUGCACCCCUCUCCGCUGUCUGCCACGGUGGGCUUUAGCCCUCCCUCUUUUCGACACCCCUUCCCCAUCCCCCUCAUGGGCUACCCCUUUCAGAGUCCAUUAGGCACCCCCUCGGGUGCCUACUCGGGCAAAGACAGGUCCUCCCCCGAGUCUCUGGACCUGUCCCGGGAGACCACCAGCCUACGGACCAAGAUGUCGUCCAAUCACCUGAACCACCAUCGCUCCUGCUCCCCCCCCUCACACCCUGGCAGCACGGCCGAGGGGCUGUCCUUAUCCUUAAUCAAAUCCGAGUGUGGGGACCUUCAGGACAUGUCUGACAUCUCGCCAUAUUCAGGAAGUACAAUAUCCUUUAAAAAAAAAUUUUUCCAAAUUCAGGAAGGACUUUCACCCAAUCAUUUAAAGAAGGCUAAGCUGAUGUUCUUCUACGCAAGAUACCCCAGUUCCAACAUGCUGAAAAUGUUCUUCUCUGAUGUGAAGUUCAACAGGUGCAUCACGUCCCAGCUGAUCAAGUGGUUCAGCAACUUCCGUGAGUUCUACUACAUCCAGAUGGAGAAGUUUGCCCGGCAGUCCAUCAACGACGGCGUGACCGGGGCUGAGGACAUGUGCGUCAGCAGGGACUGCGAGCUGUACCGUGCCCUCAACAUGCAUUACAACAAGGCCAAUGACUUUGAGGUUCCGGACAGAUUCCUGGAGGUGGCUCAGAUCACGUUACGGGAGUUUUUCAAUGCCAUUGUCGCCGGUAAAGAUGUUGAUCCCUCCUGGAAAAAGGCCAUAUACAAGGUCAUCUGCAAGUUGGACAGCGAGGUUCCUGAGAUUUUCAAAUCUCCCAACUGUCUGCAAGAGCUACUGCACGAGUAAACAUUUCCAUUUCUACUCUUUUUUUUGUUUUUGUUUUUUUGAAUGUAUGAAUAUGAAGUAGCAUUCCCAAUUUGAGGCCCCAGCUGUUCUGGAAUGACCUAGCUGUUCCAUUUUUGUUUUCUCUUUUUUCCCUUUCCUCUGAAAAGACUUUGAAACCCAAAUGGGUGUUUUUGACUAUGUGAAUCCCCUUC